UUGUUUCGAAUCCUUCCCGAGCCCUCCUCCCCGCUGUUCUCGCCGCCUCGUCCCGCCGGUCUCCGCCGUCGCCUUCCUCCCCAUCAUCACCGGCGUCGGCCUUCCCCUUCAAUCUCCCUCGGGUGUUUUCCUUCACACAGAUCUCCGAAAAAGAGAGACGCCGACCUCCUCCCUUCUCUCCUCGCCGCCACCUCCCACCGGUCUCGGCCGUCGCCUUCCUCCCCAUCGUCACCGGCGUUGGCCUUCCCCUCUGAUCUCCCUCAGGUGCUUUUCUUCCCACAGAUCUCCGAAAAAGAGAAACGAAAAGAAAUAGAAGGGAAAGGGAAAAAACAUUGAUCAAUCUAUGCGGUAAAAGGUGGAAGAAAUGAAGAAAGGGUUGCACCCACAGAUGCAGUGGAUUUCCUAUGUGACUCAGAGUGGGAGAUUGAUGCAUGUUAUGAUGACCAAGAUACAUCAUGUGGGUAAAGUCUAUCAUUUCAGAGCAAGGCGUCAGAUGGCGCAGAGUCUAGGUGAGAUUGCAAAGUUCAACCGCCGAUAUGGGCAAAAGAACGAGGAAAAAGGUGAAAAGUAACAUUUUUAACCUACAGAUGUAGAGUUCUUUGGAAUGCCUUCCAACAUUCUAUGUAGACUUGUUAUUGGCCCCAAGUUUUUGAAGCAUCUGAAUUAAUAUUUAUCUUGUAUGGUUGUUGCCAAGAAUUCUUGCGUUGGUUUGACCUUUUUCACCUUGUUGGCUUAGAUGAUAAAAAUGAAUCACCUUCUUGUUAAAGUUGUUUCAUAGAACAAACAGACAGUUGCAUAGUUUUUGUUCAUUCGCAUCUUUUUUGAUGAGACUUUGAUGUAUGCUGCCACUUUGAUCGUCUGCGUAAUUUCAGGUAUCUAUGUCAAAUAUAGAUAUUAGACCUUGUUUCCAGGUU